AUGGCCGCCGUCAACUACCUCCUCUACGAGGCCCCCAUGGGCUACGGCGUGUUCCACGUCGAGCACCAGCCCGACAGCAUUGGUCUGCGCCAGAAGGAGGCUCAGGAGACCAUCAAUGACCUCGCCCGCUUCGGCAAGAUGGUCAAGCUCGUUAACUUCACCCCCUUUGAUACCGGAAAGCAGGCGCUGGACGAGAUCAACCACAUCUCUGAGGGUCUCAUGUCCGACCACCUCAAGUCCGUCCUUGAGCUGAACCUCCCCAAGACUUCUGGCAAGAAGUCCAAGAUCACCCUCGCCGUGGCCGAGAAGAACCUCGCGUCCGUCAUCAAGUCCACCUUCCCCGGCGUCGACUGCGAAACCUCCGAGACCUCCGAGGUCGCCGGCGACCUCCUCCGCGGCAUUCGUCUGCACGCCGACCGCCUCCUCAAGGGCCUGCAGACUGGUGAUUCCACCGCUGCCGGUCUGGGUCUGGGUCACUCCUACUCCCGCGCCAAGGUCAAGUUCAGCACCACCAAGAACGACAACCACGUCAUCCAGGCCUCCGCGACGGUCGAGUUCCAGGACAAGGGUGUCAACCAGUUCUUCAUGCGCGUGAGGGAGUGGUACGGCUGGCACUUCCCCGAGCUGGUCAAGAUUGUCUCCGACAACCUGACCUACGCCAAGCUCGUCCUCGCAAUCGGCGACAAGGCCACUCUCACCGACGAUAAGCUGCACGACCUCGCGGCCCUCGUCGAGGAGGACGGUGAGAAGGCCCAGGCCAUCAUCGACGCCGCCAAGGUCUCCAUGGGCUUGGCCAUCACCCCCGCCGAUCUCGAGAUUGUCAAGGGCUUCGCUGAGGCCGUCGUCCAGCAGGCCGAGGCCCGCCGCGCGACCGCCAACUACCUGGACAAGAAGAUGUCCAUUGUCGCCCCCAACCUGCAGACCCUCAUCGGCACCCCCGUUGCCGCCCGUCUCAUCUCCCACGCUGGCUCCCUGACCAACCUGUCCAAGUACCCCGCCUCCACCCUCCAGAUCCUGGGUGCCGAGAAGGCGCUGUUCCGCGCGCUCAAGACCAAGAGCAACACGCCCAAGUACGGUCUCAUCUACCACAGCAGCUUCAUCGGCAAGGCUUCCGUGAAGAACAAGGGCCGCAUCUCGCGUUACCUCGCCAACAAGUGCUCGAUUGCCAGCCGUAUCGACAACUACACUGAGAACCCCACCACCAAGUUCGGUGAGGCUCUGCGCCAGCAGGUCGAGGACCGUCUCGAGUUCUACGCCACCGGCAAGAAGCCCGCUAAGAACGCCGAUGUUAUGGCUUCUGUUCUUGAGCAGGUCGAGGGUGACCUGGACCUCGACGACGCGGAGAUGGUCGACGCGGUCGCCACCGAGGUCAAGAAGGAGAAGUCCAAGGACAAGAAGGAGAAGAAGGACAAGAAGGACAAGGAGAAGAAGCGCAAGCGCGAGUCCGAGGUCGGCGCCGAGCCCGAAAAGGCCGACGGCGAAAAGAAGAAGAAGAAGAAGAAGUCCAAGGACGAGUAA